CCUGGAGAAGCAGGCAGAUAGACCCCUUCCUAAGACUGCUGCCUUCCUGUGCCUCUCUUCUCCCACAGCUGCAAGGAUGAAGGUGGUGGGCCCGGCAUGUCAGUCUUCAGAUCCUCCGCAGGCUGAUAAUCAUCUGGAGAACCCAAAGUCCAAGGAAAACUUCAGGAAUUUCAAGGAGGGGGCACUGAUUGACCGAGUAUACCACACUUAUCUACUCAUGCACACCAACCAGACUGUGGAAUUUGUGCAGAAGAAGAAUGAGCAAUACGGUGGCUGUAACCUCCGUCAGAUGACCAUCAUGGAGGGCUUGGAGUUGCUGGACAAUGUGGUGGACGAAUCGGACCCCGAUGUGGACUUCCCCAACUCCUACCAUGCCUACCAGACAGCAGAGGGCAUUCGGGAGAAACAUCCUGAGAAAGAUUGGUUCCACCUGGUUGGAUUGCUCCAUGAUUUGGGGAAGAUUUUGGCCCUGUCUGGUGAACCACAGUGGGCUGUGGUGGGAGACACCUUCCCAGUGGGUUGCAAGCUGCAGGACUCCAUCGUUUUCAAGGACUCCACGUUCCAUGACAACCCAGAUACAAGGAAUCCUCUGUACACGACCAAAUAUGGGAUGUAUCAGCCCCACUGUGGCUUGGAAAAUGUCCUGAUGUCCUGGGGCCAUGAUGAGUACAUGUACCAAGUGAUGAAGAAAAAUAAAUUUGCUCUUCCGGAAGAGGCCUUCUACAUGGUGCGGUUCCACUCCUUCUACCCCUGGCACACCGGAGGGGAUUACAUGCACCUGUGCAACGCCAAGGACCUCCAGAUGUUACCCUGGGUGCAAGAGUUCAACAAGUUUGACCUCUACACCAAGUGUGAAGAGCUUCCCGACCCGCAGCAACUGAAGCCCUACUAUGAAGGCUUGAUAGCCAAAUACUGUCCAGGCCAACUGUCCUGGUGAUGGCCUGGACCUCCAACGGCAUUGGGCCACUCUGCUCCUGCUUCUUCCUUGCAGCAGCAGCUGCCCUCCAGAUGUGCUGGACCCCUACUUCCAUCAUCCCCCUCCCAGGAAGGAGAGGACUUCUUUCUGGGUUACGUUUGAAGCAUCAAGGUCUCCUGUGGUCCAAUUGAUGCUUGUUAUUUUAACUGUCCAAUUCUUAGCAACUUCUCUCCUCUCUAUCCUGUCAAUUGCAGUUUUUUCCCUAUUAUCGCAUGUUCAACUUUUGCAUCAGUUUUGAUGGUUAUGAAGCCAGCGUGGUCUUUGCUCGCCCCUUCUUCUUCAUCCACUAACUCAGUGGCCCCCAACUCUUCGGGCACAAGGGACCGGUUCCGUGGAGUUUUUUUCCCCAUGGACCAGAGGGGGACGUGGUUUCACAUCCUGCCUGCAUCCCAGAUGGGGUUUCGCUCAUUUGUAUAGCCCGGUUUCUGGCAUGUCGUGGCCCGGUGGCAGUCCGCAGACCGGGGGUUGGAGACCUCUGUACCAGGGGUGAAAUUCUACUGGUUCGCUCCGGUUCGGGCAAACUGGUAGUGAUAAUACUGGUUCAGUUGAAUGGGUAGUUAAAAAUCUACCGGUUCGAGCGAAUCGGUAGUUAAAAAAGCUACCAGUUCGUCCAAAGUGGUAUUUCAGACGAUCAGCUGUGCUGCGUGGUUUAUAUGCUAAAUCGCGCGGCACAGUUGUCUCCGCCCCUCGCUGUUCUACUUACCUAGUGAAGUCUUCUUUUUCCACGUGAAGGGCGUGUUUGGUGCGCAGUGCCCAUGUGUGCGUAGCGUGUGCAUUUGGCGCACGGCAUGCAUAGGCAGUCAGUGAACUGGUGGUGAUCCGCGAAGGAUUUCACCACUGCUCUGUACUAACCCUUCCUAGCAUCACUUGACUUUUCCAGGGAAUUUGAACUUGUGAUCUGGCCGAAGUAAAUCGGAUGCAAUCUUGUGAUUUUUAGCUUCUGGUUUUAAUGUCUGGUUGUAUAUAAUUCAGCACCUUCGCUCUGGCUGUCCAUGGCACAGGUAAUCCUCAAAUUAUGACAACUAAGCCCAAAAUUGAUGCCGUUAAGGGAGACAUUUGUUAAGUGAGUUUUGCCCUGUUUUACAACCUUUCUCGCCAGUUGUUAAGUGAAUGGCUGCACUUGUUAAAUUAGUCACACGGUUGUUAAGUGAAUCUGGGUUCCCCAUGGACUUUGCCCAUUGGAAGGUCGCAAAAGGGGAAUGAUGGGAGUCGGUGGUCUAGCAUCCAAAUGUAAGUCACAUGACCAUGGGUUGUAAGUGUGAAAAAUGGUCACUAAGCAAACUGUUGUAAAUCGAGGGCUACCCCUACUUUGUGCCACAAGUUCAAAGGUGCCAAUUUUUUCUCCGAUGCUUUUUCAUGCCUUUUUAAAGUGAUUAAUUUAAUCCGUGCUGACCAAGGAGUUUUAUCUCAAUAUUAAUAAAAUGUGAUUGAAAAGUU